UUGGGUGGGUGAAGGUAUACCAUAACAAAAAAAGAACUUAUUAGAAACCUCUCUUCUUCUUCUUCUUCUUCUUCAACUAGUUGUUGUGGCUCAGAAAGCCGUACAAUCCUAUACCCACCGCCAUUGUUAUGGCCUCAACAACUCUCCGAUGGAAUCCUCUACUUCCCCCAAAACUAAAAACCCACUUCCUCCUCCCCCGCACCACUCCCAACCACUUCAACUACUCCUCAAACUCACCUUCUAACUUCCUCGUCGUCCAAGCCUUCCGUCGCAACGAUUUCGAUGGCUUCGCUAAACGCAUGGCCUCCGGAGAAGCCUGGAGAGACGCCUGGCGUACUGCCAAUGAUGGCUUUGAGCGAUUCCUCUUCGAGACUAAGAAGACCGCCGAACGCCUCGACCGUCGGUACGAUGUCUCUCGCCGCCUGAGCUCCGUCGCUCAAUCUGCGUAUUCACGAGCCCGGGAAAUUGAUAGAGAACUCGAGAUUGGAUCGCGUUGGCGAGCUUUUUCAGUGGAUUUUAGCAGAAACUUGCCUAGGUACAGGAAGCAGUUGUCUGAUUUUUUGGAUACUCCAUUAGGAAGGGGUUGUGCUACAAUUUUCUUCAUUUGGUUCGCAUUAUCAGGAUGGCUCUUCCGGUUUUUGAUAUUUGCAACAUGGGUAUUACCAUUUGCUGGUCCUCUUCUCAUUGGAACAUUUGCCAAUAGUCUUGUUAUAAAGGGAUCUUGCCCAGCUUGUAAGAGACAAUUUGCUGGUUACAAGAAUCAAGUGAUACGUUGCACUAGCUGCGGAAACACAGUGUGGCAGCCCAAAAGUGGCGGCGGCGGCGGCGGGGGCAGUGGUGGCGGCGGUAUUGGGGACUUCUUUUCGGGAAAUAGCAGAGGCAACAACACAUCAUCAAAAUCAGGACCUGAGAUCAUCGAUGUAGAGUUUGAAGAGAAAUGAAUAUCAACAGAGUUUACUUUGUAGUUGGAAAAAAGUAGUAGUAACUAAUUCAUUUUCCCUAUAUUUUUGCUCACAUUUUUAGUUCGAUGGUGUAAAUUAGGUCUUAUAUUUUUAUAAUAAAUAUUUUGAAGAAAAGUUAAUGUUAUAAAUUUUGUACACAAGUAAAAAAAUAAAAAUUGAUCUUUGGCUAUGAAA